UUUCAGAACAUCUAUAUAAAAUUCUAUGGAGUAGACCAUAGCAAGGGACAGUUUACCAAAAUGAAGGCACUCACUGCAGUGCUGCUUUUGGUGACACUGCAGUACUCAUGUGCUGUGAGUCCCACGGACUGUAAUGCCGCUGAGCCAGAGGCGGAGAAAGCUCUAGACCUGAUCAAUAAAUGGCGACGGGAUGGCUACCUUUUCCAGUUGCUGCGCGUCGCUGAUGCCCACCUGGACGCAGUGGGAUCUGCAACUGUCUAUUAUCUAGUCUUAGAUGUGAAAGAAACUGACUGCUCGGUCCUCUCCAGGAAGCACUGGAAUGACUGUGAGCCGAAUGUUUCUAACUUUCCAUCUGAUACAGUGAUUGGACAAUGCAAGGUAAUAGCUACUAGGUAUUCGAGUGAAUCUCAGGAUCUUCGGCUGGUGGACUUUAACUGCACCACAAGUUCUGUCUCUUCAGCAUUGGCCAAUAACAAAGACAGUCCAGUAGUCUUAGAUUUUUUUGAGGACACCGAGCUCUACAGAAAUCAAGCCAACCAAGCCCUUGAGAAGUACAAAGAGGAGAAUGGUGACUUUGCCUCUUUCAGAGUGGACAGAGUAGAGAGAGUUGCAAGAGCGAGAGGAGGGGAAAGAACCAAUUACUAUGUGGAAUUUUCUGUGAGAAACUGCUCCAGGCACCAUUUCCCCAGACACCAUAAGGUUUUUGCAUUCUGCAAAGCAGUUUCAUCCUAUGAUGUAGAAGACUCUGACUUGGGAACCCCAAAAGACCUUGAUGUGAACUGUGAAGUCUUCAACCCUGAGGAACACCCCGGCCACCACCCCCACUUUGGUGGACAUGGGCCUGGCAAGCCUCCGUUCAAGCCCAAUGGAGUUGGAGAUCAUCAUCAUCCCCACAAGCCACAUGGAUGGGGAUGCCCACCGCCCCCAGAAGGACAAGAUCACCCAGGCAGACCUCCACUUCAAGCAGGAGCGCCCCCUCCAGGGCCAAGAUGUCCUCACCACGCUUUUGGCAUCAAUGAGACCCAAAGGCACCCCCAUGAUCGUAAUUCCAGUGAACACCGUCCGGACAGACAACAUCCCCAUGGACACCGCCCCCAUGGACGCGGACCUCAUGGCCAUGAUUUCCAUCCCUAUGGACCCUGUGACCCACCAGUCCAUAACCAAGGUCCCCAAGAUCACCAUCGCCGUGGCCAUGGCCCACCACCUAGGCCCUCAGAAGAAAAAGGUCCAGGUAAAGGACACUUCCCCUUUCACCGGAGACCAAUUGGAUAUGUUUACCGGCUGCCUCCACUAAAUACAGGCGAAGUUCUUCCUCUUCCUGAAGCCAAUUUUCCCAUCUUCUCAUUGCCAAACCAGAGCGAUUCACUAAAACCCUUCCCUCAGUCAGCCUCUGAAUCAUGUCCAGGGACGUUCAAGAAUGAGGUUCUACCAAUUUCCAAGUUUUUUGCAUAUACAUUUCAAAAAUAAAAUGUGACUCCCCUGAUGGGGAAAAAUGAAUAAU